AUGGGCAAGCAUUCCUCACCAGCUGGCACACUCAGCUGGGGUCUGACCCUCAGCCCCAAGUAUCUGAGCAAACAUGAGGGAGCUGGCAGAAUUGUUGGGCUCUCUGGGCAACGUAGCCCGGGGCCGAGUGUCCGGCGCGGACGGCAGCAGCAUCCCCUCGGACAGCGGCGGCCGCUCAUCGCUGCCACCUCCCCGCCGCCGCCAGCACAAGCGGCCCCGACGGCCACCAGCCCUCCGGGGAGACGCGUUAAAUGCCCGUGCCCGGACACCCCCACCGGGAUCCCGGAGACGACCCAGCUUCGCUCGGUGCCCGUCAGUCCUCCGGAGCUGUGCGCUCCCGACGGCGGCGGCUCCGCGUCGCCCCGAGGGCGCUGGGGACGGGGACCAGCGGAGAGGGGCGGGAGGGGGGUGCCGGGCCGGGCGCUGCUCCUACCCGCGGCGGCAGCGGCGUACAUCGCCCUCAUCGCCAUGGCCAUCGGGCAGGCGCCCGAGCGGCGACUGACGCUCGGCGGCAUCUACCGCUUCAUCACCGAGCGCUUCCCCUUCUACCGCGACAGCCCCCGCAAGUGGCAGAACAGCAUCCGCCACAACCUCACCCUCAAUGACUGCUUUGUCAAGGUGCCACGGGAGCCCGGCCGCCCGGGCAAGGGCAACUACUGGACGCUGGACCCUCACGCCCGCGACAUGUUCGAGAGCGGGUCCUUCCUCCGCCGCAGAAAACGUUUCAAGCGCANCGCCGCCUCCUCCUGCGCCUUCGCCACCGCCUUCCCCGCGCAGGGCUGCGCCUCCGCCGCUCUGCCCCACGCCUACGCCCCGCUGCCCACCGCUCCCGGGCCCUACGCGCCCGGGGGCCACGGGCCGCUGUACGCGCCGUCGGGGCGCAUCGUGCUGCCCGCCUCUUCGCCCGGCCCCCCCGCGCUCUACGGCCGCCGCUCCCCCGCGCCCUUCCCGCCGCUGCCGCACGCCUACGGCGCCGCGGGGCAGCUGAGUGCCGCCGAGCCCGCACCGCGGCACGGCACCUACCCUGGAGGCCCCGACAGGUUCGUCCCGGCGCUCUGA